AUGCACGAUUACAAUUUUGCGUACCACACUGUACUGUUGCACGAACUGUUGCAUGGCAACCCACGUAAACACAAACAAGCAAGGCCCAACCGUCUACGAAACGAAAGAGAACGACACGGGGCAGAGGAAGGGGUAGAGGACGAGGAAGAGGAAAAAGGCAAGCUCAUCUCAGCCAAACAGAUCAUGCAGGCUGUGCGGGACAGAAAUGCACAGCGAGAAGCACGGCAGAAAUUGCUAGAGGACCACCUGGAGAGCAUGUCCAUGGCAGAAUCAAAGGCCUUACUGCUAACUUUAGCACGUAAGCAUCCUGAGAUUCUGCUGUGGACAUGCAACCUCCACACACCUGCGCCGGGUGGACAUCACCCGGCACCAUCCGGGGAUGCUCCUUCAUGGUGCACGUGUGGCAGCUGCCGAGAAAUGCCGACAGAAGUGGAGCGGUGUUGCUGCGGGCAUCAGCCGGACGAGUGCCUGUCGAGAGAAGAUGGGUUAUGUGGAAUGGUGCUCGACCCAGUUUAUUUAGCAGCGUUCGAGCUGUACCGGAACGAUGUGCUUGGAGCGUAUGAAUCGGAUCCAGAUGAUCCACUUAGGCCGAAGCGCCACGCAGCCUAUCGGCUCUAUACUUUAGUACGACAUGGAGUACUCGGCCAAGCCAUGCGCCGAGUAAUUCCCUCAUGCUGCGUGUGGCGUGUGAGGGAUCGAUUUCCGAACCCUCACGCAGUGUACACCGGUUUUAAAGCCGACCGGUUAGCUUAACUUAAGGAGCUGCUCCAUGGAUGGCGCUUCAAUUGGCUGUACUGUGCUGCUAAUCUUCUGCAGCCAAUGGUAUAGCUCGUCUGAGUGGCAGCUCAUCAGCGAGGCGUCUCUCCACAAUGUCAGCCAACAUGCCGGGAAUAUAAUCGUAGUCCUUUGCUACACGCAAAGGACUCACUGCCCAGUUUGCUGCCUUCUUUGCAUACACCUUUCUGUACCUGUGUAACAUAAUUGCCUAUCUUUAGCAUAUGCACCAUACAUAUAGCACUUUAUUUACUGCGCGUUUACAAUUUCUUUUCCAACUAAUAGCAUAU